AGCUUUCUCCAGCAGCCACACUUGACUCCUCGUGUUUCCGAAAGCAGAAGAGUUGAACAGCCUUCACCAUGAAACUGACUGGCUUUAAGAUCCCUUUGCAGUUGCUUGCAGUUGCUCUGGUGUGCAACAUGACCUCGGCGAUUGCUAAUCCUAUUGCUCUUCCUCUUCCUUUCCCUAUCGCUGAUCCUAUUGCUCUUCCUCUUCCUCUCCCUUCCCUAUCGCUGAUCCUAUUGCUCUUCCUCUUCCUCUCCCUAUCGCUGAUCCUAUUGCUCUUCCUGAACCUCUUCCUAUCGCUGAUCCUAUUGCUCUUCCUCAAGAUUCCCCGAACACUGAAGGUGUGUGAGAGCGGCCCUUCGACGCCCCGAACAGCUGAUCUUGACCCCAGACCAUUUCUCCUGAAACUGAAUAAAUGCUUCGUCGGCCCGAACAGCUGAUCUUGACCCAAGACCAUUUCUCAUGAAACUGAAUAAAUGCUUGUAGUUGC